CUGGUGUUGCGUGACAGUGGUGGGGUGGGGGUAAAGUAGAUUUAUCCGCCGUUACGUUUGCUACCUGCGCUGUGUGCCCUUUCGCGCUUGGCACUUAAUGCGUAAACCAGAUUAAAAUCCUUUGCCUUUAGCACCAAGUGCCCCACGGCUUUUUAAUGGAAACGGGCAUUUUAUUGACUAGAAAGACUACUUAGGUUAUACUCUUGCGUGUACUUAUAGUUUAGUCUAGUGUCUGUUCUUUUCGUUGUGACGUCCCAGAGCUUCUAGAAUCAUGCUUUUCCCACACCUUUAAUCGGAUAAACUCCAGACUGAUUUCUCCAGGAGGUAAAUGAAGAACACAGCAUACGGUGGAGGUGGAGGCAUUACCUAUUCAUUGAAGUUCAUCGACUCUCCAACCUCACAACCCAACUCUUCACAGUCAGACUUACACAGGCUGGCUUUACUUGGCAUUUUGGUGUUUUCUGCUAGUGAUCUCUUACCUCACUGUGAGACACAGAGAGGGCGGUCGUUGCGACUGAAAAGGACAAUAGCGGUCUGAUACAUCAGUUCAAAACGAUACCGUACUAUUUCCCUCUUGCACCAUCGGAUGUCUGUGUAGUAUGGAAUUGCCAUUAGAAAGUAACAAAUGGCCUAGAUUUUGAGUGGACGAAUUGUGAAUUGGAUUACGCGUAAUUCUGUGGGUCGUUACUUGAGCGAACUUUUUCCUGUUAGGGCACAAGGAGUGCUUGUUUUAACUUUCCUAUGAAGAUGGCGCAUAGUUUGGAGAGGGAGCUGGUGUUGAAGGAGAUGAUGAGACCACGACUCUGUUACAUUACCAAAGGAGAGCGAGGAUACGGAUUUCACCUGCACGGCGAGAAAAACAAGGGCGCGCAGUUUAUUCGUAAGAUUGACCCGGGGUCUCCUGCAGACCUCUCGGGUCUCCGCUCAGGUGACCGGGUGGUUGAGGUGAACGGAGAAAAUGUCGAGAAAGAUCCGCACCAUGUAGUGGUAGAGAAAAUCAGGACUGUUGAGCACAGAACCAGACUGCUGGUGGUGGACCGUGAAACUGACGAAUACCUCCGCUUCCAUGAGCUGUCCUGCACGGAGGACCGAGCCGUAGAGAUGGGCUCCUUAUCCCCUCGCACCUCUGUGACCUCAUCCCCCCGCACUUCAGCCACCUCUUCCCCACGUGCCUCAGCCACUCCAUCCCCGUGUGCCUCGUUCACUGUCCCCAGCCCGACAGAAAAUAUGGCCAGGGCAACGCGAACCGUGUCGCCUUUGCUUAUGGAUGAGUGCCCCACUAUUCACAAUGAUCAGAAGAUCCCAAGUAGUCCAUCAGCGGUGUCCAAUGGCUCUGUUGUGCACCAGUUCCACAGCAGACUGGCCUCGCCUGUCCCACUCGCCCCCGUGUCCGAGCACAGCACUGAUAUCAGUGCUUCGGAAACAAGCACUCCGGAGUCUUCACCCUUACCCCCCAGAGACCACCGGCCAAGACUUUAUCACCUUACGAAGGCAGAGUUGGGAUACGGCUUCAACCUCCAUAGUGACAAGGUGCGGAUGGGACAGUUCAUUCGCUGCGUGGAUCCAGACUCACCAGCAGAGUACGCCGGAUUGAGGCCGAAGGACAGACUCGUAGAGGUGAAUGGGAUGAACAUUGAACACCUGCGGCACUCUGAGGUGGUGGCGGUGAUCAGGAGGGGAGGGGGACAGACCUCUCUGCUGGUGGUCGACCCGGAAACCGACGAGCUCUUCAAAGCACUGGGCAUCACCCCAACCUGCAAACAUCUGGAGGAGGACUGUGUGGACGGGCCCUUCAAAGAUUACUCUCCAACUGAGUCUUCCCCCUCCCCGGUCACAGACGAGUCCGUGUCCCCCUCCCCGGUAACAGACGAGUCGGUGUCCCCGUCCCCGGUCACAGACAGCUGUGCGGUGCCUCCCCCAGUCAUCAAUGUCACUGUGAUGGAUCCAUCGGUGAGGAACGGCUCCCCCCACCACUGCAGCCAGGACAGCUCCUCCUCCCAGUCCACCCUCUCUGACAUGAGUGCAGAACUGAGCAGCUCUGACACCAGCUUCAAGGUUGUGGAUGAGGAUGACCGUCCAACAUUGGACCCGUUCUGGCAGAGUGGUCUUCGCCUGAGCCCGACCGCUGCACAGGCCAAGCUAAUAUUCCGUGAGAACAGGGCCAAAAAGAAGGCGCCCCCUAUGGAUUGGAGCAAGAAACAACAGCUAUUCAGCAACUUCUGAGAAGAAGAAGCGUCCUUGCCAUCUAAUGGGGAAAGAGAAGGACAAACAUACGAGAAUGUCCUUCUCCGUUUAAGCUAAUUAUUUAAACUCCUAACUGCACCUUUACUUUUCUACAGCUCUGGAUAAGUGAUGAUUCUUUUUCAUAUCAGAUCAGAGUGGUCUGUGAAAUCAUCUAACACACUGUCCAAUCAGAUGUAUCAAGCACCUCUUCUUAGGGGGAAGGCACACAAGACUGAAAGAUAAUAGAAGGCCAGACCUGUUGGGAGUAACUGAGUAAAUGAAGGACUGAGAGAAAGAAAAUGGGCUGCUAAUUUGUCUAAAUAACCCAAAAGAAUAUGGGAGAGAGAGACACAGAGAGAGAGAGAGAGAGAGAGAGAGAGA